AUGUGAUUUCAAUGUUCCUGUGUAAUAUCGUGUUAUUCCUUGUGUUUUUGUUAUUUAUUCAUUAUGUCCGAUGUACACGAGAUUAUUGACUACAUAAAGUCACUGAAAAAAGGCUUCGAUAAAGAUUUGUUUCAAAGUAAGAUCGAUGAAUUGGCUCAUGCAGUUGACACAGUUGGACUGGAAUAUGAAGAUUUUCAUAAACUGUUCAUAUUUUGGUUAAAUUUAACAAUACCCAUCACAAAAUGGACCAGCAUUGGUGUUUGUCUUGUACCUCAGAACAGUGUGACCGAGCAAACAGUGGACUAUGCUCUGCGAUGGCUGUUGGCUAAUGCACAAGAUCAGACCAACUUCACUAGGAUUGCUUUCCUUCUGGACUGGUUAACAGCUGCUAUGGAUUGUGAGUCUGUUGACAUUACCGCUCUAGACUGUGGAUAUGAAGUUUUUUUUUCUUUCCUCACCUAUGAAGUGCUUGCUGCCCAUGUGUUGAAAUUGGUAUACACACUUACAAAGCCAACAGAUGUCACUAGAAUGAGAGUAUUGGAGCUCUUUGACUAUGCCAAGAAGAGAGAAAGUAAAAAGAGCAUGUGUCGACAACUGCAAGUGUUACUAGGCUUGUUCAAGUCCUACAAGCCCGAGUGUGUGCCAGAAGACAUCCCUGCUGUCCCCAUCCAUACCACCUUCAAGAGCAACAUCACCCUACUGACUAGGUUUAAGAAAUGGCAGGAACAAAGAAACGAGGAGGGAUCUCUGAAUCAACAUUUAAUGUGGACAAAUCCCAUGCUGGGAGGAAAAGCAAAGAAGGGUGAAUCACUGGUACCUAAUAUAGAAUUUUUGAACAUUGGAUCACAACAGUACCAAGACAAAGAGCCUCAAAAGAACUAUCUAGAUUUCACUGACCCAGUAUCACUACUUCAGUAUAGCGUUCAUCGCUCCGUAUCGCGUCCGGCGCGACUGCGAGCGCUACUUCGCAACAACACGGGCCGCAUUCUGCUCGCGCUGAGCGACGCACGCACACAGGCCACGCUGGACCACGACCUGCACUACAUGCUCACUGGCUGUUUUCUCGACGCGUCACCUCACAGCGAGCUUGAGAAGAGAGACGCACUGCACUGCGUAGCUGUUCUACAACGCACGUUAUGUCAACCCAUAAGGGCCGCUACUGCAUUUCUCGCUCAUCUACUGCCUUUGUGGGACGAGACCCACUACUUUAACGAGAUCUUGGAGUUAAUGGAGUGGGUGGAACCAGAUCCAGAGUUGCUGCCGUCAGUGCUCGAGCCCAUUGCUCGCAUGUUCCAUCGCGCGCAGCCUGUGCAACAGUGCGCCAUAUUACGAACGCUCGCCAUCAUGUACACGAACCUAGUUUACGCCAGUACGCGAAGGAGGCAGUACUUCGUGUCUCCCGUGAUGCCGAGCGACAUUUACAAGGACGCGCUGAGCUACGUAGCAUCCACUAUAAGCACUAUGAGUGGCCGAGCGUUGCAGGUUGAUCCAGACGAUCACCGAGCACUAUACAGCUGUAUCUCUAGCGCGCUUCGAAUAGCGCGCGCACAGCUGUCGCUCGACUCUCCGACGCUACCAGCACUGCCGCCGCUACCAGCGCUGACGCUGCCCCUGCUGACCGUCUCCGCGGACCUGCUGGACAAGAUGGCGGCCCUCAUCCUCACAUACAAAGAAAUAAUGUUCGCGAUGCAAUCAAAUAAGGAGAACAGGAAAGAUCAAAGCUACACCGAACAAAAGAGGGCGCUCAAAGGGUACACCUCAGACGUCGUACGAUGCUUGGUAGACGAAGGCACCUUCUCAGGACGACAGACCGGUCUGGUAUUCCAAAGGUUACACCCCACAGUAGUUCAAAAACUAACAGAGUACAUACCAGAAUCAGAUUCGGCGCUAAGCAUAAGGAACCAUCUAGCCUUCGCUCCGUACAUGUACAUACAAACUGACGCUUUAGACUCGUCCUUCGCUGACAAUGAGUUGUGGUUUGAUGCGGUCAUAAACAAGGAGUUUACGCACUUAUCUACGUUAUUAAACAUGCUGGGCUGGGGUAGAAAAAUGGUUACUUAAACAUGUUGAACCUUGUAUGUAGAAAUUUAAGUACAAUUUGGCUUUAAAUGUGUUUUAGUGUAAAGUUUUGACGUAAGUUAGCCUAGAUUGUGAAGUGCUUGCCUCGGCGUGCCUUGUUUAAGUAGUACGAGUAGUAUAAGACAGCUUACGAAACCAACAACUAUACUUAUAGUUUGACUAAGUCUCAUGUUCAUCGCGUUGUUUUAAACGUGACAAAUAAAUGUUUAAUACAGUA